AUGACCGACAGGCCCGACCUAUCGCACCUCACUGAAGAGGAGAGGCAAAUUAUUGAAAAAGUAAUGAUGAGGCAAAAACAAGAAGAAGAAAGAGAAAAUGAAAUCAUGAGGAGAAAACAGGAUGAAGUUCAAGUUUUAGAAGAAACGAUUCGACAACGUUCGGAGCAACAGAAAAAAGCUGGAAUCGAACUUGAUGCCACUUGUCAUAUUUGUCUCAAAACAAAAUUUGCCGAUGGAGUCGGCCAUAUUUGUAAUUAUUGUAGCAUCAGGUGUUGUGCCAGAUGCGGUGGAAAGGUCACUCUUAGAUCAAAUAAGGUGAUUUGGGUUUGUAUAGUUUGUCGUAAAAAACAAGAACUCCUUAGUAAAACGGGACAAUGGAUAAAUAAAGGAUUGGGAGGAACUCACGACAGCGUUAUGUCGAAAAUUCAAGCUGAUUUAAAUCAGCAGCAAUUCCCAAUGAUGAACGAAAACUUGCAGCAAUCGUUAAACAUAGACAAAAGGCCCAAAUUGGAGAGAGCUCACAGCGCGGCAGAAAAAGAAAAUCUUCCCCUUCAACGAUCCAACAGCCAAUUACGAAGACAGUAUUCUCAACAGGAACAAAGUACGAGAACGUCUGCCGAUCAGCAACAAUAUCAAAGAUACGGUCGCUACCAGGAAGAAGAUCCGAGGUUUUACAGAGCGGAAUUGGAGGAUUUGAUGAGGUCGGCUCCCUAUUACGACCAAACGAGUCAAGAUGUCGGAUAUAGAACCGAACAAAUGAGUGGCGAAUACGAGAAGCGAAAUAUUUAUCCGGAAUUAUUAGUGAGAGGAAGUGAAUUUAGAACAAAUAUGGAUGGUCAAAGAAAUCAAAGUGUUAGCAGUGGUAGUACGAAUAAUAAAAAACACAAAAGAACCGGAAGUGUAAAAAAACAACACGGAAGUUCCGGGCGACAUCAUACACAAAUCCAAAGAAGUUUUAGUUCUUCUGAUGAUGAUCUCAGAUCUCCCGAAUGCACGAGCGGAGAAGAUAUGGAUAAUAGUAAAAUUGAUAAGGGUGAAAUAUUCAUUAAUAGAAUCGUACAGGGAAAAUAA